AGACGACGACGACAUCCCUCCAGCAGUCAGCAAUACAUUGUUGUUUGUUUUAAGAAUCGGUAUAAAUAUUAGGUUGGGGUUCGUUGCCAGUGGAUUUAGAUUGUUGAAAUGUAAUUGUCUUUGAUCUACAAGUGGAUUGACAAUGAAAUUGACAUCGUGCAAAGUGUUUUUGGCCAUCUUCGAAAUUAUUUUAGGUAUUUCUGCCACCACGCAUUGGGUGGUUGGGGAAAAUGGGAGAAUUCAAUCGCAGUUGGAUUCUGUGUUCGAAAUGCGUCGCCCCUACGACCUACUAGAAUUUCUAGAGCAGGAAAACCGGCGAGAUGCCGUUCAUACUGUGUAUCAGCAAUUGGUGGCAAAGAAAGCUGCUGUCCAAAGUAGAUGUGCGAGCUUAGAAUCUGCAACAGAUGUUGAAACACGAUUGUACUCUACAGAUCCUGAUUGUUUGCUAGCAGGAAAACCUCUGGCUGAUGUAGAUCUUUAUGCUAGUGUUGCAACAGAUGGGAGUUAUAGGAAAGGAGUCACGCAAAAAGAUUAUCUUCUCGAUGGUGUACCUAAAGAUGGAAAGAAAAAGGUUCCUGAUUGUAAAAAAACCUUUCCAUUGGACUUCAGCAUGUUCACUUUUGAACACUUGAGUGCCAUGCGUAACAGAAAAAAUCUGACACAGCAGCAAGAAAAGGGAUUAAUAAAACAUCUUCCACCUGGUACAGAUCUCAACAAAUUUGGCCAUCAAGUUGCUUAUGGUCUGAUGAGGAACAGUACCUCUUGGUUACAUUUUAAUUUGGCUGCCAUAUACUGGAGAGUCAGAGGAGAUUCUUAUAAUGCCCUCGAAUGCGGUCGCAGAGCAAUUGUAACAGCUCCUAGGAGAUAUCGUGAUAUAGCCCUGCUCACCACGGGUGGAAUAUUGCAUGCUGCAAAACAUUCCAGUGAAGCUGCUAUCAUUUUACAUACUGCUAUAAGCUAUGCCCCGACACAAAGUCACCAGCACUUAGCUUUAGGACAUGUCUAUGCUACCCUCGGAGAUUACAACAGAUCUGUGGCCUGCUAUGACAAUUGUUUAAGACUAGCACCAACAAUGGAUCAAGCCAGACAUGCAAAGCAUGCUAUAUUGUGUCAUCAAAAGCUAGAAAUUGCUUUGACUUCGUUGCUACAGCAAUUACAGGAUGCCUUAGCCGAACUCCAUGCCUAUCAUGGGCAACAGGAAGAAUGGCUAAAGCUCCAAGAACGUGCGCUAUGGGAGCAGGCACCUAAGGCUGCUUUUGGUAGAUUGCAAAAUGGAAAUACACAGGAGGAAACUUUGGAAACAAUUUUAACCACUCGUGGACAAACCUGUAUGCAACGCAACCCUGAUGACACUGUAUUAACAUGCGACGUGACCACUGAUAGCCAGAUGUUUGCACACAAUCUACAAAUAUAUCUCAGCGUCAGCUUCCAACUAUUAAAAAAUGUUGAAAAUCAGUUGACAAAAAUUGAGGAGCAGAUGGCCAAAUGUAGAACAUUACAUGCAAGUAAAGAUCGGCCUAGCAAAUCAACGGAAUUCCCCAAAGAGAGGGGACCUGAAUUUUUCACGGUCUUCAUGGAGCCGACAGGGCGGCCAAAAUAUUACAAUUUCGAGAUUAAAGAAUCUACCGAAGAUUUUGAGGAUGACAGUUGGCCCAGAUCCUCAGACUGUGAGGGUCGUUUGCCACUAUUAACUGACUCCAAGCAAUAUGUGCCGACGUAUCUACCCCCUGAAAAUAAAGGCUAUGCAACCCAUUUAUUUGUCAAUGAACUAAUCGGAAUCGACCCUGGCAAAGAACAUUCUCUCCCUUGGUAUCCGCCGGCUUGCGAAGCUCCUAAAAGCUUUGAUCCGAAAUAUAUUUCAGCUACAUUGUUGAAAGCAACAAUUGGGAAUAAUCUUGCUGAUUCAUCGCUGUCACACGUUCUUAAAAAUCUUGUCAAAGAUUCCGAAUUAGCUGAAAUUGGACAGCGGAUUCUCACGGCUACCAGAAGCAAAGUUGCAGCGCCCUGGGUUUUGUCUAUGCUUGCUUCUCUGCAUUGGCGAGUAGUAGGUAAACCCAGAAAUGCGUUGGACUGUCUUCAACUGGCCCUAACGGCUGUUCCUGACAAAUUCAAAGAUGUUCCACUAGUUAGUAUUGCAUCGAUAAGUCAAAAAGUAGGGCUCAUAGAUGAUGCGUUACAGAUUGUAAAAGAAGCGUUUGAAGUCAAUCCAAUUGAGCCAAUUACCAAUUUUUUAUAUGGAUCCCUCCUCCAUGUCAAAGGCAAUAAUUCCGGUGCCAUACAUCACUUAAAACAGACAUUGAGAGUUGAUCUCCACGCAUUCAAUGGCAGGGCUCUGACCAUGUUGAGAACACUAGCCUGCCAAGAAUGGUAUAAUGGGAGAUCAGAUUCCUCCGGUGGCCCUAUUAGCAUAGAAACAUGUGGAGCGGCACACCUACCGGUUGAAACAAUACCGAGGCAUGAACUUCGCGAGGGUGAGACCGUUCUGUGUAAUAGUGAAGGCAAGAAUUGUAAACAUGUACAAUGCUAUGCAACUAGAACGACCGCGGAUUCACCAGGAAGUGCAAGGUGUAUUAGGAAACUUAAUGAACCAGGAAAGCAGCUGAAUUUGAUGGAUGCUCUAAAAUCAGCCGGUGGUGAAAGCGGUACAGACGAAUCUGAGCUCGAGAAUAUGGUGAAUCCGGAUCAGAACUCAUUUCAAAUGAGAAUAUCAUGCGGGGACGACGUUAAAAAUCCUGGGGUGACUAUCCUCGACGAUUUUUACGUCUCUAUGAGCGAAGAAGGGACCAACGAAGCCGGUCUUCAGAUCCAUGAUAUAAUAGGCAUGUUCUCCUUGAGUCCAAAGGGAUGCAGAGACAUGCGACACCCGCCGUCGUGUUCUUUUCAGUCAAUGUGGCAUCAUAUCACAGCGAGAAAUAUAGACAUAAGUCACGAUCUCAAACCCUUACCAGACGGUCCUCGCCAGCAGCCUAUCUGCGAGGGAGGAAACCCUGACAUACUUAACGUUGCAAAUCUGGAUGCUUUGUCAAAGGCGUUGCCUAACAUGACAGAGUCGGAGAAUGCCGAGUGGCUGGCGCUUAUGGCAGAUGACCAAAAGAGUUCCGUUGAGGAACUAGGAGCUAGGAUCGCCAUUGCCUUACGCAAAAAUGCUCGCUCAUGGACUUUGGCAACAGCUGCAGCUCUCUAUUGGCGAGUCGAAGGCCACAGUCGUAGAGCAGUCGAUUGUAUUCGACAAGCUCUGAUCAACGCACCUGAUGAAAUGCAAGACGUUCCCCUGAUCACACUAGCUUCACUUCUCAGCAAUCGUGGAUUCCACCAGGAUGCUCUACGAAUAGCUGACUUAGCGCUCAUGAAAGGACCCGAAUUUGUGAUAAACCACUUCUCCAUGGCCAAUUUACACACAGCGGUGGGUGACUUUGAAAGGGCGAUUAGUUUUUAUCGAUCCUCAUUGGCGCUCGAUCCGAACUUUGAGCCUGCGAGGAGUAAACUACAGGCUAUUCUUUGCCUACUCUUAUUUGACGAAUCGACCCAAACGCUGCGUGAGAUGACUGGGAACAACUAGAUAUUUAUCAACGACCGUAAGUGUAUUAAUUAAUAAUAUUGAUCUAUAGAAAUAUAAGAACAUUUCAUAGCGGUGACGGAUAAAUCGAGCAAAAUAAAUAGACCCUGAGAUCGGUUGUUGCAAACGAAACCAAAAUUGUUAUGAAAGGUUUCGCAAAGUCUAUUUAUUUUUCUAAAAUUCUCAAGACCACUCAUGGGUGUUCGCCAAAACUAAGAGAAAAAAAAAACAAAUUCCAAAUACAUGUGAUUCUUCUGGGACGUACCUAAAUCUAAUAUACAUACUUGUUCAUUGAAAGUUCUCAAUUCUAGUAGAAAAGUUGUUGCUGGGAUUUUUUUUUUGAAAUCGAGAGCUAGAAUCAUUGAUAAAAAAUUAAAUGCUACGAAUUUGAAUCUAAAAACAAAAAUGGGAAAUGGGCGGAGAAAUCGGCUUAAUUAUCGAUCUACAAAUUAUGCCACCAGUUUAUUUUACUCUGCUUAAUUUCAAUUAUUUGCUGAUUAAACAAAUCUCGAUUAUUUCGAGACGAUUAUCACGUUGUGUUAGAUCUAUCUAUAAAAAAGAUUUUUGGGUGGGUUGGGGGGAGGGAGGGGUGAAAUAACUGCACAUAUUCGUACGAAGUAUAUUGCUUCAAAUGAUGUUUAUUUAAACCAAGGCACAAAAAGUUUAAAUGAAAUAUUGUGAUAAAGUUUAGCGACUUCGGUUUCAGUAUAGACCUUUGUAAUUGUUACGUAACUUACGUGUUUUUUUUUCUUUUCAUGAUACAUAUAUAGGUAGACAUGUAUUCAAUUACCAUAAUCUGUUUUGUUCUUCAAAUCGGAAUCAUAUACGGUAACGUAAAUUGUUUGUUUCCAUGUACUUUUUUUUGUUGUUUGUUGUUCUUUGUUAUUAUCUCAAUCGAAACAUAAACAGGGUAAAUAGGAUAUUUGCCUUGUAUAAAUAUUAAACACAUUUAAUAUUUGAGUUAAAUUAAUAUCUAUACGUACAAAUUUCAUGAAUAUCGAAGUGGAAGAGAAAUCGGCGUUUCUUUCUAAUUAUUUAAUUUAUGAUUUUUUUUUAUUCUCCUUUUCCUUUUUCGUAUCACUUCUUUCAACACUGGCUGUGUAAUUCACGUGUCAUAAUGCAGAGAUGCAUUUCCAGCGUACGUGCAAAAAUUACUCAAACAUAUAUGAGCGAUAACUUGAUCGAUGUUCUUGCAUCUCGCGAACCGCAGAGCUCUUUUGGUUCAGUGUACGAAAUUUUUAAAUUCUGACGCGUCCCAUAUAAUUUUCUAAUAUAUCUAUAUUGAACGGAAUAGAAACGGAGGUAUAAUGCAAGGGAAGUAGAAAAAUUUUGAAAGAGAAGCGUUAAAAAAAAGAAAUUUCAAUUAAAGUAAUUACGUAUGCUCUGUACCAAAUCUGUUAAAAAAUUAUUUAAUUUUAUCGAUAACGAAAACGAUAACAAUGUUACUAAUAGUAACAGUGACUAUUACGACAAUGUUACUAAAAAUAAAAACAAGAAAAAUAAUCGGAUAAUUGAUAUAACACGAUUAUUUAUUUUAGUCAUAUAAUAUUUAUAGAGAGGCUUGACAAUACGUAUACAGAUAAAAUAAGACGGUGUGCAAGAGAUGAAUAAUUUUGAAGUCAAGUCGCUAUAUUAACGAAUACCGAAAUGAAAUGUAUGAUAAAUGAUAGUUUUAAGAACGAAUAAAAUUUCCAUGAUGUACGAUGAGAAAAGAAAAA